AUGUUCAUCGCAGCGCUCGCUACAGCUGCUUCGUCGCCAUCGUCUCCUGCGGUCUCGAACUUGCCUGCGGGUGAUUCUGGAUCGCCAGCCGAGGCUAGGCUCCGUGUUGAUGGUCACACCUGGUUCUCCGAGCAGAUUGGCCUCUCGCCGCCACACCUCAACUUUGAAGCCCGCCCGCUGGCAUCGCCGCUGAUGAAGCCUGUGCUUGUCAUCAAUGGCCUCACGCUCGCGCCGCUUGUCAUCGAAAAGGUGGUCACCGACUCGAUCCACUUUUUCCCCUCGGUCACGCUGCCGCUGGAAAUCCCACCGCUCUCCAACGCCUCCAUCCCCAUCGUCUUUGUACCGCGCGACCUUGGCCGGGUCGAAUCGCAGAUUGUCCUCGUCACUUCGGAAGGCCGCAUCCCGUACCCGGUGUUUGGAACCGGGACGCCGUCACCGCUCCACCUGGACCCGCUCGUCGACAUCCUGCUCUUCCCCGAGCAGCGCCUCACCCGCCCGCUGCAUCUGUUCAACCCUUUCCCAGACAAGGACCUUCGUGUGCUCAACAUCUCGUCGUCGGGCUUUGCCUUUGAGCUCCACGUCCUCCCCGAGAACUCGGACCUCCGCGACCGCGCCUGGAACAUCCCGCCUCAUCGCUCGUCGCACGUCGGCUCGCUCGUUUUCGCCUCGCCGGUCCCUGGGGCCUACACCGGAGCCUUUGUCAACAUCAAGACCGACGCCCAGUCGGUCUUUCUCCCGGUUGACAUCACUGUCAUCGACGCCGGCCUCCACCUCCAGCCCUCGUUCCUCGACUUUGGCCACAUCACCUCGCCCGACUCGCCCAAGACCCUCAACCUCAUCCUUUACAACGCCCGUUCGGUCCCGCUCCUUAUCACCGACGUGUACCUGCCCAAGCCCGAGCCAUCGCUUCGGAUCCGCUUUGCCCGCAACACCGUCGCGCCAAAGUCGUCGCUCGUCAUCGCCGUCCUCACCUUUACCGGCAAGACCGAAGGCACCUUUGCCUCGUGCCUCCUCAUCGCCACCAACGCCACCCAGGCCGAUGCCUCGGCAGACUUUGCCUCGGCCUCGGAGGCCGAGCGCCGCUUUGUCUCGCCGCCGCAGACCGGCGGUGCCUCCAACGCUGUUGCCGGCGCCACACAAGGCGUCAUCCAGACUGCCCCACCCCAGACCUCGCUCUUCCCGUCCAUCCCGCACACACUCUCUGUCUACGCAGAGUCCGGCGCCUUGCUCGAAGUCGGCUACUCGGCCACGGUCCUCUUUGGCUCGCUCGGCUUCUCGUCGCGCAAUACCUCGUUUGCCGUCUCGGAGCCGCCGUUUGUCGAAACGCACCGUGUCCUCGUCCUCACCAACAAGUUCCCCAUGGCAAUCAUCUUUGUUUCGGCUUACGUGCCGGACCCCAACUUUCGCAUCACCAGCUUCCGCCCCAACCGCAUCCUGCGUCCAGGCGCCUCGGCGCCGAUCAUCUCCAUUGCCUUCAAGGCAAACUCGAGCUCGCUCGUCUACUCGACCCCGCUUGUUCUCCGCACCAACGUCUCAGUCCUCACCAUUCCUCUCCAAACCUACUCGGGCAAGCUCGACUACGACAUCGUUGAUGCGCACUCAUCCCCGACGUCCGAUGCACCCUCUUCGCAGGCGGCGCGGGAUCCCAACGCGACAGGCUCGACCGCUGCCUCUGAGUGGGACGGCACCCCGCUCGAGGGCGUGACGACCCCGGUCCUUGACUUUGGCCUCCUUGGCGCCGACGAAGUCCGUUCCCGCUCGUUCAACCUCUCCAACUCGGCGCCCAUUUCGCUCACCGUCCACGCCAUCACUUGCGACUUGCCCAACGUUGUCAUCCGCCUCGACUCGAUCUCCAACGCCUUUGGCUACACCACGCCCAUUGCUGCACUCCCGGCCGAGCCGAGCAACCCUUCCAGGGCGACGCCCAACGCCGCUGACGAUGACACAGCCGCCGCCGCGAUCACCCCGGAUCCGUUCUUCCUCAAGGCUGGCUACUCGGCCAUUCUCAUCGCCGAGCUCACCGCUGCAGGCGUGACCGACGCCUAUGGCACCAUCUCCGUCGCCACCGACUUUGAAACGCUCGACAUCCCGGUCCACUACAAUGCCAUCUCGGGCUCGCUCGAUCUCACCCCGUCGCUUGUCCGUUUCGGCCCGGCCUUCCCGGACUGGUUCCUGGCGCUGACAUUUACGCCCGCAACACAGCGCGUUUGUAUCGGCUCGGUCGUCUUUGACGCCGCCCGCGGGCCCAAGACUCAGAACUUUCUCACCACCGCCCUCACGUCGGCCCUCGACUCGGCGAGCACCGUCCGUGCCUCGCCGCCGAAUACGCCUCUCACCAAGGCCGACGCCCGCAUCUUCUCGCGGCGCACCGACAUCUGGACCCGCAUCACCUCGAAAGCCUCGACCACGAUCCGCGGGACCGUGACCCUUGCCUCGGACGUUGUCGAGGGUGCGCGUAUCUCGGUCCGCGCCGCCCUUGUUCAGCCGUCGAUCCUCCUCCCGCCGCCUGCUGCCGACGCGUCGACGCCCAGCGACGCCGACGCCAUCCUCGUCUUUGACCUCGUCCAUGUCUCGGGCUCGGCCUCGUUGCCAGUCACCGUGUACAACCCUGCCGACGUCCCGGUCUCGUUUGCGCUCCUGGGCGUGACCGGCCCCGACGGAUCGGCACUCGAUGCGUUUGCCUGCUUUGGCGAUGCCAACGUUGCCGACGGCUUCACCUCGGGCUCGCUCGAGUUGCCCGAGUCGCCGAAUUGCGACUCGGGCCCGUUUGCACUUGUCGAGCCAAGCGGUUUGCUCUUCUCGUCGUCGCCGUCGCUGGUUGUUGUCGAGCCGCAUGGCUCGGCUGCCAUCGGAUCAAUCAUGUUUGAGCCGACCGCCGCCGGCCCGGCCGCCGCCACCGUCCACGUCCGGUCCAACCUCACGUUGGUCACCUCGUUCCCGGUCACGGGCACGGGCGGCAAGGCGGUUCUCCAGUUUGUGGAGAAGCGGCUGCGGCCCAAGUCACCCAAGACAGUCUCAUCGUUCACCAGGGGUGCGGUGGUCGUGCUCGACAAGCUCGAGCUCGCGCUGCCCGACGCUGCUCUGGAGACAUGCGCCUCGGACGACGCCGUGCACUCGCUCCUCACCGACGGUUCGUCGCUCUCGGCGGCGCUGGCCGUCACGGCUUCGUUCACUCUCCGCAACUCUGGUGACGUCGAGGCCGAAGUUGUCCAGGUCGGUGUCAUCGGUCCGAGCGCAAGUGCCUUUUCCGUUCACUCGGCACAUGAGCGGUUUGUCCUCGCCCCGGGCGCAUCCCACGAGGUGACCCUCACGUUUGCGCCCGACUUUUCGACUCUGCUCUCACAGGCGCAGCUCGAGGUGGCCACCUCGCGCGGCGGGCGGCUUGUCUUUACUGUAGAGGGCACGAUGGCGCCGGCAACGCUGGCGGCCUGCGCCGCGCACGUCUCGUUUGCACCUUCGGCAACCCGCUGGAUCCUUCUUGUCGUCAUCUCAUCACUCUUGGGUGCCGUCCUGGCGCGUGUCAAGUUCCGUGCCAGCGACACACCGAUGGCGCUCCUCGCCGCCGCAGUCGAUGAGGCCGAAGCUGGGGCGCGGGCAAAGGCAGCCAACAAGCCGGCGUCGCCGAGCAAGCCGUUGCCGUCAGGCACAGUCCCUCGGCCUCCGCCAAUUGCGCAGCAGCCGCUAGAGGACGGUGAAGAGUCGCCCGCUAUUGCCCACGAAAUCGGGCAGGCUAGCGACUCGGAGUCGGAGGAGGCUGCCGACGUUGACGUCAACGAUGACGUCGACGCCGCAGAUGGGCCGGCCCAGGCCCAAGCCGCAGCUGAAGCUGCCAAGGCUGAGGCUGAGGCCGAGGCCGAGACCAAGGCUGCAGCUGAAGCCGCAGCCGCUGAGCAGGCCGCAGCUCGGGCCCGCAUCGAGGCCGUCAAGGCCCGCGAGGCCGAGGCUCGCGCAAAGGCCGCAAAGGCCCGCGAGGCCAAGGCUCGCGAGGAUGCGAUCAAGGCCCGCGAGGCCAAGGCGCGUGCCGAGGUGAGAGAGGCCCGCGAGGCUAAGGCCCGGAUGGAGGCGGUCAAGGCCCGCGAAGCCAAGGUCCGCUCCGAAGCUACCAGGGCCCGUCAGGCUAAGAUGCCGCAAGCUCGAGCGGAAGCUCAGCAGGUGGCACCACCCCCGAGCCUAGUCGACGACCGUCGGUGCAAGCAGCGGUCCGAGAAGCGGUCCGAGAAGCGGUCCGAGAAGCGGUCCGAGAAAAACAAGCGAAGGAGCCGUAAGGACCGCAAAGAACGCAGUGGUCGCACCGAGCACGGCGGGCGCGAUGCAUACCUCCUCGACUCGGUGGACAUCGGCAAGGGUACGUUCCGUGAUGGAUACUUUGUGAGCGAGAAGCCGUCGCAGGCAAUGGCGGUGCCGCUGAGCCCCGCGCGCGAGCCGCGAAACGCGCGGCCGGUGCAUGCGCCGGGCACGUUUGGGGCGAUCGGCUCGCCCCCCAAGGCGGUCGGGCCGCCGGGCGCGAGCAGCCCCGGGGCCCAUACUGCCUUUCUCGUGCCCCCCGGCUCGGGGCGUGGUGGCAUCCGCAAGAACCUCUCUGACGACGACCUCGUCAACGCGCCGAACCGGUCGGACCCGAUUGUGACGCCGGCGCGGCCGUCGGGCCGUGGCCGUGGGCGGUACACCGGGUCGACGCCGCCCAAGGCGGCGGUAGGCCUGCCGCUCGGUCAGCAAUCGCAAGCUGGAGUCAGCCUCGCACCGCCCGCGACCUCGCUGUUUGGCGCGCCGUCAGCCGCCCCAGGUGCAUCGUCGUCGCUCUUUCCGGACCUCUGGGCCCCGUCUUGCUUUGUGCAGACACCGCCUGCAUCGGCCGCGCUCGGCAACCAGGCGUUCACCUCGUCGAACCCUUUCACGUCGGGCGCGUUUGACGCCAGCACUGGUGCACCGCUCAUGGGCGCCAUCGGGUUGCCGCCGCGGACCAACACCGUUGCGCCGCCGUCCGGCGUGGCGCCCAUCGGGUCGCCACCGCGAUCGUCGGGCGUGGGCGCCAUCGGCGACGGCAAGCCACGGCGGCCUCGGUCACACCGCCGCCGGUAG